GUUGGAAUUAUCUCCCCUUCGCGAGAGAGAUGGCGGAUAUUUCAAGUUUAGAUCUUUGUCAAGUGAAAGAAGAAUUGAUUCAGGCCAACUGGCAAUGCAACAUUCGGGGUUUGACUCAUGGGGCCACCAGACUUGCUGAAUUAGCUUACUGCUUAAAGACAAGUCACGAUUCAGGAGGACAUAUUCCAUCUUUUUCCCAACCCUUUGAGAAUUUACAAAAGGAAUACUGUGUUUAUUCAUUAGCCAAGAGUUACUUUGACCUUAAAGAAUAUCUUCGUGCUGUGCAUUUCUUGGAGCAGUCUGAACUUCAGAGCAAUGUAACCUACUUUCUCUACAUGUACUCUAGAUAUCUAGCAGAAGAGAAAAGAAGAUCAUAUAAUAUGACUGAUUCUUUCACAAGUAUGACCUCAGUUAUAAACGAUGAUUUAGCGAGAGUGAAGAUUCUAAAAACAGAGUUAUCAGAAAAGCAUCAAAAGAAAGAACUUGAUGGAUUUUGUUUAUAUUUGUAUGGUGUUGUUCUGAAGAAGUUAGAUUUACUCAAAGAAGCUACCAAUGUUUUAUUGGAAUCUGUCCACAAAGAACCACUCCAUUGGGGUGCUUGGCAAGAACUUAACACUUUAAUUCCAGACAAAGAGACUCUUCAAUCAUUGACAUUACCAAACCAUUGGAUAAAACACUUAUUUCUUGCACACAUGUACUCAGAACUACAACACACAGAUGAAGCUUUACAAAUCUACCAGUCUUUCAUUGAUAACGGAUUUGCCGACUGCACUUACAUUCAAGCACAAAUGGCUAUUGCUCACGACAACAGUCGAAGUAGGUCAUUCAGUAAAAACUUUAUUUUGGCUCAAAUAAUAAUAAUUAUUAAUUUUAAUGUUUUAACUCUGUUGAAUUCUGUGGGUUUCAGAUCCCUAAUAUUAAAUGUUUUUUUUAUUUUUCAGGAGAACCGUGUGGAAUUGGCCUACUUGGCCCAUAGUGUUUGUGAGAUCGAUAAAUAUCGUGUGGAAACUUGUUGUGUUAUUGCCAACUAUUAUUCACUCAGGUCUCAGCAUGAAAAAGCUCUGUUAUAUUUCCAAAGAGCUCUCAAACUCAAUCCUCACUAUCUCUCAGCUUGGACUCUUAUAGGACACGAGUACAUGGAAAUGAAAAAUAUUACUGCCGCCAUUGAAGCAUAUCGACAAGCCAUUGAAGUAAACAGUCGAGAUUUCAGAGCUUGGUAUGGACUUGGCCAGACGUACGAGAUCAUGAAGAUGCAUUAUUAUAGUCUGUAUUAUUAUUGGAAAGCACAACAACUUCGACCUAACGAUUCCCGCAUGUUAGUUGCCCUUGGUGAUGGCUAUGAAAAGCUAGAACGCUUGCAGGAAGCCAAAAAGUGUUAUUGGAAAGCACACAGCGUCGGUGACGUGGAAGGAAUUGCUCUCAUGAGACUUGCAAGACUGUAUGAGAGGUUAAACGAAGAACAACAAGCUGCCGCAGCCUACAGUCAGUACAUCAACCAGGUUCACAGACAGAAUACAUUGCGCAGGAUUGGGGAUCAGAAUAAUUUCUACGCAAGUGAAGAAAUGGCACAAGCUUAUAAAUACCUUGCCAACUUCUACCUCCGACAGAACCGUCUUGAUGAGGCUUACCAUGCUGCACAGCAAUGUACAUCAUACAAUGAAACAAAAGAAGAAGGCAAAGCCUUGCUGCGACAGAUUGCUCAUCUGCGUGUUGGUGAUGGAGCGACACAGAUGGAGGAGAGCACAGAUUCCAUCACCAAUGAAUUGCCAGAAACAACUGUUGAACAUUCUCCUUUAAUGCAAAUAAUCAGCGGAAGACAUAGCUUUACACCUCCUUAAACCUCAUCUAAUUAAAACUAAUUAAAACAAAAUAA